GAAUCGUCAAGAAGCUGCCAAAGGAUUUGAAGAUGACCUCGAAUUUUGUCCUUCGCUGUCAGCAGAAGAGCUUGCCGAAAUUCGUCGUCAAGUUUCUCAAUUUGUCACAAAUGGCCAAUCUAAACCAAAUACGACGCCGCCACAACAUAAGCGACCCAUACCAAUUAUUGACCCAACGAACAAAACUCCUCUUAAUAUAAUUCCUUUAAAAUCAUCGAAUUCAUCCGCUUCUUCUACCUCACAAGUUUCAAUUCCAUCUUUUUUCUCGCGUCCUGAAUCUCCAUUUCCUUAUGGCGGUAAUUAUUCACCAACAAUGACAUAUCAAUCCCUGACGACUCCAGCUAAAGUGACAAAAUCAAUACCGAUUAUCGAUCCUAACAGUGGGAAUAUCGUUAAUAUGCCUAAUGGUAGCUCGAGUAAUACUAACAAUGGUAAUAACACUGGUUUUGAAA